UGAAUUUCGCCAUCAGUAAGACGUUUCUCGGCUGAAAUGAAAGUUGUUUCGGUUAUUCUGCUUCUGGCAGGAAGCUUCUGCCACACUGCUACUGCCGGCCAACAGCUCGGUUACAACGCAUACGAAGAGAAUUCCAUUGAUUUUUGUGGACCAGAGUGCUUUGAGAAGCUGAAGCCCCUGCUCGACAAUGCUGUGGAAAUGAAGCAACGUUGCGAAGAUUAUGGCUUCCAGAUCGAUUUAUUGAACGAGCAAAUGGUGGAGCUUCGCGGUAUAGUGGAACUGCAGAGCAAAGAAAUCGAAGAGCUGAAGAGCAACCACAACCAGAAAGGAGAAGAAUCCACUCCCAGCACACCCAGCAUUUCCACCACGCCCAACACUUCCACCACCCCCACUGGUUGCACGAGCACCACAAUUGGCAGAAAUGCCACCACACUACCCACCAAGUGUGCGUCCUAUGAGGAGUCUAGGAUACUUCAAAUUCAAGUACCCGGCACAGAUCCGUUCCAAGUGCACUGCCACAUGGAGCAGAUGGACGAACCCGCCUGGAUUGUCAUACUGAAGCGCAGUGGAGGCCAGCUGGACUUUCACAGGAAUUGGACAAGCUAUCGCAAUGGCUUUGGGGACCUGGCCGACGAUCACUUUUUGGGUCUCGAGAAGCUGCACAGGCUGACGAGGUCACUGCCCUACGAGCUGCUCGUUAAGCUAACAGACUUCAGAGGCAAUGAACGAUAUGCACUGUACAGUAAUCUACUGAUUGGCAAUGAGCAGGAGAAAUAUUCACUAAAAUUGUUGGGUAAGUACUCGGGAGAUGCCGGUGAUGCAAUGAGCUACCAUCUGGGCAAUGCGUUCACCACCUACGACAAGGACAACGAUGGAUGGGGCCAGGGAACUGUGCCAAUUACUACCACGGAGCUUGGUGGUACGGCUGGGAUGCCAAUUGCAAUCUGAUGGGUCAGUACUACAAUGAUGGCAAAUAUAGCGGUUUUUCUGGCAUCUGGUGGUUCACCUGGAAGAAUUAUGCUUCGCUGCAGUCGGUCAAAAUGAUGAUUCGUCCGUCUCACUACACUCUGAUGCAGGACUAACAAGGCGCUGAGCUUUACAUUUGUAAAA